GUAAUUGUGUUGGAAAUAAAAUAAAAAUAUAUAUGUAUGUGUAUGUGCGCGUGUAUAUAGUAUAUAUUUUGCUCUGAGGCAUUCGCCUGUUCGUGAGUGUAUGCGAAGUUUUGCAAAUGAAACGGAACGCAAACCAAAUGAAAAAGUGCAUAAAAAUGCAACAGCAGCAGCAGCAGCAAUAAUUGUCAGCGACACAACAACAACAACAACAAAAGCAGUAACAGCAGUUGCAAAAGUAAAUUUCUUUCAAUGCAUUAAAAUCGGGUAUCAGCGCAAAGAAGUUUAAAAUUGUCCUUAGAAAAAUUARCAAAGCCUUUAGUGCUGUAAGAAAAUUGUUAACGAAAGCCUUAAGAUACGUGAUUUCUAUUAUUUGUGCCCGCUGUGGCACCAAAAACAGCAAGAACCAACGAAUAUUUUUCCAACUGAAUUUGAAAUUAUGCAGCAUGUAAAUCAAGCUCACCACCAACUUUAGGCUUCUGCAAGCGUGCUUUCUGUCGUUGUCGUCGGCAGCAUCUACAUUUUUCUCACCACCACCGUAUUCAGCAUGUCGCAUCAGACCGCACGUCGCGCACAAGCGCCUACAAGUCUCGAAUGUCCGCUGGCAUCACUGGGACGCAACAGUAGCACCGUCAUCGAUUCGCUGACGGGACAUCAUCAACCGCCAUAUCAUCAUCCACUCAGUUCCAGUCCACUCGAUCCGCAGGUCUAUCAAAUGUCACGCAAAUCGCCGGACCUCAGCAUCGACGCCGACGAUAUCAUCUACACACCAUCGGCUUCGCAACAAGGUGAUACCGUAGAUGGUCUGCUCAAUGAAUUGGUUAACAUUGAAGAAGAUGCGGAAACUGCUGCAGUAGCUGCAACGGCGCUGAAUGCGACCGCGCAACGUAAUCACACGCUACCAGAAAUGUAUCAGUUGCCGCAUAGCGGCUCACAUGGCGGUAGUACAACAGGCGGCCGUAUAACUAGACAUCAGGGUGGACGUUGCAGCGUACCGACGGUGUCCAGUGCGGUCAAUGGUGGUAGCACACGUAAUAUGCAAUACUUUUUGGAGAAGAAAAUGGACGCGCUCUACUUGGGCAAUGCGAUACGUGCGCUUCCCUUGGGUUCGGAGGCGAGUCAUUUUCAGAAUGAGCGCUAUUUUCUCGAAGACGGRCUGCGUAAUAUAUGCAAUUAUAAUAAUGGCACCGAACGACUAGCGGAUGCGCACUACUUGCGCCACCACGCCUCCAGUCCCAGCGAAACGAGCGGUUCGGAUCGUUACCUGCUAAAUCGCACCGGUUCACCGACGGAUGCAUUCAGCUCUUCCAAUCAUUUGGAAAAUUUUGCCAAUACCAGCAACAAUACCACAUCCUCUAACCUUGCGCUGGAUCAACGUUUCCAUCAUACCAAAGUGAAAAGUCUCUCCGAUGGGCUAUGCAACAUCGGACGCUUCUCACCUAGUCUGGAUCAAGGUUAUGCCACGCUUGUUUCGCCCUCGCCAACGGGUCAUCAUCCAAACACAAUCACAACGCAUAGCAUCGUACACCACCCACCGCCGUCGACSACCACUUUAACAACAGUGACACGCACACGACACGACAAUGUCGCGCCACCACCAUGGAAUAAGAAGACCUUCCGUUCGGGACCACUCUUCGAUCGGCUACCCGACGAUGUGGUYUUGAAGAUUUUCAACUGGUUCGACAGUUGCGAGUUGUGUAUUUUGGCGCGSGUGUGUCGACGUUUYGACCAACUYGCCUGGCGCCCAGUGCUCUGGAAGGUGAUCUCGCUGAAAGGUGAACACCUGAAUGGCGAUAAGACGCUAAAAAUGAUUUUCCGACAAUUGUGCGGGCAAACAUGCAACGGCUCGUGUCCGGAAGUUGAGCGUGUAAUGCUCUCCGAGGGCUGUCGAAUUUCCGAUAAAGGYUUGCAGUUGUUAACGCGACGCUGCCCGGAAUUGACACAUCUGCAGCUGCAAACCUGCAUGCAGGUGUCGAAUCAAGCGCUCAUGGACGUACUUACAAAAUGUACAAAUUUGCAGCAUCUCGAUGUGACSGGCUGCAGUCAGGUGGUCAGCAUCAGCACGCAUCCAAAUCUGGAACAACCACGCCGUCUGCUGCURCAAUAUUUAGAUCUGACGGAUUGUAUUGUCUUAGACGACGUCGGACUUAAAAUCGUGGUGAAAAAUUGUCCACAACUGGUGUAUCUAUACCUUAGACGCUGUAUAAAAAUUACAGAUGCCGGCUUGAAAUUCGUACCAAGUUUUUGCAUCGCACUCAAGGAGCUCAGCAUAUCCGAUUGCGUAAACAUUACCGAUUUCGGUCUCUAUGAACUCGCCAAACUCGGCGCUGUUUUACGUUACCUCUCCGUWGCGAAGUGUGAUCGCGUCUCCGAUGCUGGACUCAAAGUGAUCGCGCGUCGCUGCUAUAAGCUGCGUUACCUAAAUGCGCGCGGCUGUGAAGCGGUGAGCGAUGAUUCCAUCACUGUGCUGGCACAUUCCUGUCCGCGUCUGCGUGCACUUGACAUCGGCAAGUGCGAUGUGAGCGAUGCGGGUCUGCGUGCGCUCGCCGAAAGCUGUCCGAAUUUGAAGAAGCUCAGUUUGCGGAAUUGUGAUAUGAUAACGGACCGUGGCGUGCAGUGCAUUGCUUACUACUGUCGCGGCCUACAACAGCUGAAUAUACAGGAUUGCCAGAUAUCGAUAGAGGGCUAUCGGGCGGUGAAGAAAUACUGUAAGCGCUGCGUUAUAGAACACACAAAUCCAGGUUUCUGUUGAGGCGUCAAGUGUUAUACAUAAAUGGCGUGUUGUACGCAUGGUCAUUAUAAUUUUUAGUAAAGUGUGUGUGGCACAAUGGUGAAUAGAGGCAAUAUAAUGAAUUUCCUGUAUGUGCGUUUAGGUUUUUUGGACUUAAUGAAGUUAGAAAUAUUUCACAAAAUGAAAUUAAAUUGAAGUAGCACACAAGAUUUCGUAUAGACUUUGCUAUACUGCUCACUUGAAAUACUCUGCAUUUAAACUUAUUAUYACAAAGUAAUUUUCAUCUAAACKUGGAUUCGUAAAUGGAGUUGCAAAAAAUAUACACAGCUGUCAGAAAAUCAUAUGCACUCACAUAAAACGGUAUAACUGCAUAAUUAUCAUUUCCUUUUAGCCCAUCUUAUUCUUUUAUUAAUACGCUACUUUGACCGGCUAGCGCAGCUUAUACUAGAUUUUCCAAUUUUUUAAUGAAUUCCAMCAAACUUGUCAGUUUACGGAAAAUAAUGCGUAGCAAAUAUUUACAUAUGUGUAUUUUACUUAUUUUUUUAAUUUUAUAGAAGCAAUCUAUGUUUAGGUAUUUGCUGUCUCAAGCGUUGUGCAAACGUUUCUAUCUUCAUUUACUUAUAUAUAUAAUAUUUAUAAAACAUAUUUUAACGAACUUGUAAAUACAGUAGAUACAUAUAAAUUAUGCAAGUAAAUUAAAAUUUCGUUAAUAUGAUAAUUGAUGAAACAAAAUU